UUAUUUGGCGCACUGGAGAGUCAGAUUGGGCCCGCGAGGCGGAAAUGCGCCACCUCUGGUUCCGGCGAGCGCGUCGACUACAAUGGCGACAGGAUGGAGGAGGUGCCUCACGACUGUCCCGGGGCCGAGAGCGCUCAGGCGGGCCGAGGGGCCUCAUGUCAGGGAUGCCCCAACCAGCGUUUAUGUGCUUCUGGAGCCGGCGCAGCUCCGGACCCGGCCAUAGAGGAAAUCAAAGAGAAAAUGAAGACGGUGAAACACAAAAUCUUGGUGUUGUCUGGGAAAGGCGGCGUUGGGAAAAGCACUUUCAGUGCCCACCUCGCCCAUGGCCUAGCAGAGGAUGAAAACACACAGGUUGCUCUUCUGGACAUCGAUAUAUGUGGGCCCUCCAUCCCCAAGAUCAUGGGAUUGGAAGGAGAGCAGGUUCACCAGAGUGGAUCGGGCUGGUCUCCAGUGUAUGUGGAAGAUAACCUGGGGGUGAUGUCUGUGGGAUUCCUGCUCAGCAGCCCUGAUGAUGCCAUUAUCUGGAGGGGCCCGAAGAAAAAUGGCAUGAUCAAGCAGUUCCUCCGUGACGUGGACUGGGGAGACGUGGACUACCUCCUUGUGGACACGCCACCCGGCACAUCCGAUGAGCACCUCUCAGUUGUCCAGUACCUGGCUGCAGCACACAUCGAUGGGGCAGUGAUCAUCACCACCCCUCAGGAGAUAUCACUCCAGGAUGUCCGGAAAGAAAUCAGUUUUUGCCGAAAAGUGAAGUUGCCCAUCAUCGGGGUGGUGGAGAACAUGAGUGGCUUUGUCUGCCCCAAGUGUAAGAAAGAAUCUCAGAUCUUCCCCCUGACAAGUGGAGGUGCAGAGGCCAUGUGCCGAGACCUGAAGAUCCCUCUACUUGGUAAAGUGCCUCUGGACCCUCACAUAGGUAAGAGCUGUGACAAAGGCCAGUCUUUCUUCAUUGAAGCCCCAGAUGCACCAGCCACAUUAGCCUACAGAAUUAUAAUUCAAAGAAUCCAGGAGUUUUGUAGCCCCCAUCAGUCAAAAGAAGAGAACCUCAUCAGUUCAUAAAGCGUGUUGAGGACCAAGCAGCUUGUCCAACACACUUGAGUAGCUUGGGCACAGGUGGGGUGCCAGGCCUAAAGGGACCAGAUGCUGGCCUGCUUGGAAGUGACUUUCUCAGAGACACUUUAAUCAUCUACUCUCUGUCCACUUUCUUUAGAACACGGCCGCAGGGCCUUCUUUACACACGCCAUUUUAAAAUAAAAACAGCUCCUCAAACCUGUCCCACAAAGUCUCUUCCCAGACACCAAAGGCCUGGGGACCAGGGAUGCUGUGCUGCUAGAAGCCAACCUGAUCACAGGAUCACAGGACUCCCGCUAACACCACUCUACCUCAGAUGAAAAGGAAGCCCAGGAAGGAACCAGAGGGCUUGCAUGUGGGGUUUCGCUGCAGAACACAGUGCUGCUUUCAAGCAGCAGCAUCCACAUUGUCACUCGUCAGAUGGAGGGAAGUCGAGACAGCAGCAGAGCCUCACUCAGCCCGUGCUGGGAUCAGCACACCCCGCACAGCUGGGAGCCAUCAAAACUCCCUUGAAAAGCCCGUAAGUGCCCUUCAUGAGGAUCUGUGGUCUGUGUGUGCCCUGUUUAGUAAUACGCGUACAAUAUAUCCAGUAAUUUCCAGGGUCAUAUGCCACCAACAGGAACUGAGACCAGCAGAGGGAAGAAUAAAUUCCUGUUCUCCUUACCACUCUUGAGACGUAACGUGGAAGGGCAGGCAGAUCCCCUUGUUCUUUCCCUCCCUUUCUCUCCCCCGCUUGUUGCCUGCACAUAUGG